AUGAUGUCCGACACGUCCCAGCCCGCCACAGAGUGCGAGGAGAGUGCACUGGACAACCUGCCCCCAUUAUCUGUUCUCCUCAAAGCCCUGAAGCCAGGCACCAACAUCUUCAACACCCGCGAUUACUCCCCCGACUGCGACGAUGAGUCCGAUGAGCUCAUUGAACUUGGCUGUGGGAGACUCUCAUACGUUCUACAUGAACCCGGGCAGUCCUUUGUUAUCAAGAAGCAGCCUUCUGGUUUCAAUUUCUCGAACUGCGGACUCGUCCGACUCACAGAGAAGGAAGCCGACACGACGAUGAACGCUUUUCAGGUAUUCAGCAAACUUGAGACUGGGAGGCAUUCGGGGAGAAUCGGCAUCAACGUUGUUGAUCUUUCGAGAGCCAUUGGCGAGGCUUUCGCUGUCAUCCAUUUCGACUGUGGGCUCUCUGGCAUGGGCGUCGAGUUUGCUUUUGGCCUUUCCAUACCCAAGAGGCCAAGUGCGCGCUGCUUGUACACCGUCGACCUCUAUCUCUUUGACUUUGGGGACUGUUGGAAAGACGACAACGGAGUGGGAACGGAGGGUCUGAACAUGGCCAACAUCAUGCUCCAGCCCGAAACUCGAAAGUUCAUUCCGAGCCCCCUGAAUAGUCCAACCCUGUAUAAGGUCUUCAAGGACGCUUACAUUGAGUAUGCGAAGAAGAGCCUAGGUGACGAAUGCAGCCCACUUCCAUGCAAUGGCAUGAAGCACUAUGAGAGGCUUGCCGCCAGGCAGCUUCUGUAA